AUGCCGAGGGAUGCCAUGUAUCUCCCCCACAUAGGGAAUCAGGUUGUGCCGCCGUUCCAGAUGUAUCUUGAUCGGACUGUUCAUGAUGACAUCUUAUGGACGCCAUUCGAGGAUCAUAGGGAAAUUAUCCCAUUUGACUCCAUCUCUUUGUACUCCGAGUGGCUGGCAUGUGGGACUGACACUAUGGUCGGGUAUCUGCCGGAGUUAUGCAUGCAGCAAUUUGGCUAUGUUCAGACUACACUCAGAUCUCAAACUCAGGUUGUUCGUGACACCAUUGCCCGCCGGGAUCUUGAUGACAUCUUUGAGGAUUGGGAGCAACAUAUGGUGCUAGAGGAGUAUCGGUUGAUGCAGGCAUCCAGCAAUUGA